AUGCCUUGGAUCGAAGAUUCGACCCCAUCAAACGGGAAAAUCCUUGGAUGGGAUUCACUUCCCUCUGCAGAGAGGGCCUACGCGGCUGUUAGGAAAGAAAUGGCUCACCAAGGAAUCCUUGGAGGCACCACUGAAAACUCACUGCCUGGCUUGGCGGCCGGCCUUGUCGCCGGCGACGGCUCAUACGAUUCCGGUGGGUCACAAGAUUCCAGUGGGAUAGGGCUGGUCACGAAGGGGAAACACCACAGAUCUGACUCCUCUGGGAAACCUCCAUCUCGAAUGGAUAAAUCAAAACUGAAGUGCAGCCAUUGUGGUAUGUUGAAGCACACUAAAGAUCAGUAUUUUAAACCGGUCGGUUACCUAGAAUGGUGGAAUGAUGGCCACAAGAAAACUGGUGUUCCGGCUGAGAAAAGGAAGGCAGUCGUGGGUACCGGCACCGACGACAAUCAGAUGCAAGGGGGAUUUGGUGGUAUCGCCACCUCUGGUGUGAAAAACGACGAAGAAAAUGCAGGUAAAGGGUUUGGGGCUUUAUCCUCAGACCCUUGGUUAUUAAAUCCUAAAUUUUUUAGUCCCCAAACUCUUGAAAUAUUACAAAAUGAACCCCAAACUGUUAGACAUGCUAAAAUGGCUCGAAAUUCUCAUAAGGCACAAAAUUCUCAUAAGGUUAUUUCACGUUGGUUGGCGGGAACCUUGUGA